AUGGAUCUUGCACCUCGGGCCCAGAUCGCGAAGCUCGACUCAAGGGUGUUGAAACCAAUCCUGCGCGCAUACACUCUUGGUUACCUCACCGCAACAGGUCCCAGGAUCAUCUCCUUUUUCCGGAUUCUUCGCCGGAAAGACCUGAGCAAUGAUUCGAAACUCAGAUAUCUGGCCCAUAUUCUAGUGGGAGCACUACGAUGGAACAGAUUUCCAACAUUUUGCGCGCUUGUUACUGGCGGCUCUACGCUCCUGCCUUACCUCUCAGAUAAGGCCAUAGCGUCGUUAUUCAACCGUCAGAAACCGACAAACAAGGUAGUUUUAACCGUGAAAUUGAGUCGUGUUUUACGGUUUGCCGCAAUUUUCGUCUCAGCAUGGACAUGCUUUCCGCUUCUUAACACCAAGCAAGUGCCAAAAUCUCAACCACAUCCCACAAAGCAUGGAAACUCAGUCACCAAAAAUGAAGAAUGCAAUACGCAAUUAGACCACCAAGAUGGCAGUAAGCCAUUUUCAGAUACCCCUGACGUGCCACACCUGGCCGGCAGAACACUCGAUCUAACUCUAUUUGCCAUGGUGAGGGCAAUGGAUGUACUUGCUUCUCUCUCAUGGUCUCGAUGGAGGCGAUAUCGGAAGUCUCGGAAGGCUUUUACUCGUAUUGAGGCAUCUUUACCCCACUUAUUUGAUACCGGCGUAUUUGCUGGAACGGCGGCUAUUGUGAUGUGGGCUUGGUUUUAUCUUCCGGAGAGACUACCUUUCUCAUAUGGAAAGUGGAUCAGUGACGCUGCUCAGAUUGACCCUCGAAUUAUAGAGGCUUUACGAAGCGCAAGGAGGGGAGAGUGGACCUAUGGACAGCCAAAAGGAUCACGACUCGUAUUGGAGCCCAUGUGCCGUGAUUACGGAUUGCCAGUGGUUUGGGGCGACACUUCUCAGACCAUCCCUAUUCCCUGUGAACUCGUUCAUAUGGGCUGUGGGCCCAAUUGUGAACUUCAUGCAAUAUGGCGAUUUGCUAAAUCGUUCAAGUUUGUUCUUACGACUGACUUACCCAUCCAGUUAGUGUUACGUUCCAGGUCGCCAUCCAUUCAAGGCUACCUUGGUGCAGUGAAGGCGUCUCUUCGCUCUUCCGCUUUCAUAGGCCUUUUUGUAACCCUUUUUUACUACUCUGUCUGUCUCAGUCGUACAAGACUUGGCCCGAAGCUCUUCAGCGACAAAACGGUCACACCCAUGAUGUGGGAUUCUGGUUUGUGUGUUGCUGCUGGAUGUACAAUGUGUGGGUGGAGUAUUUUUGUUGAAAGUGCUAGAAAACGUCAAGAAAUUUGUCUGUUUGUUGCCCCAAGAGCUAUUGCUACUUUUUUCCCUAGGCGUUAUGAUCGAAAGCAUUUAUGGCGUGAACAGAUGGCUUUUUCCUUAAGUACAGCGAUUGUUCUCACAUGCAUUCAAUCAGACCCAACAAGGGUUCGAGGCGUUUUAGGUAGGGUCCUUCGUGGAGUUUUUCUAAAGGGAUGA